GAAAACUAGGACAUGAUUUAAAUACUUUACUAAUGAAUAAAGUGGGAAAACCCGAUAAAGAAAAAAAUCCUAGGAGAUAAAUCGUAGCGAGAUUGACGUCAGCUCAUAGCGUCUCGCUUUAAUAUCAACAUCCACCUCUACUCUCUCAGUUUAAAAAACUCCGCACCCUUGCGCAAGUCCGAGGAUUCCCAUCUCCAGAGUAAUCUCGUCGUCGCGACGCCCUGCGUCUAAAGACCACAGCCAACAAACAGUUUGCUCCGAGUACAUUUGCCGGAGCUCAAGUAAACCUGGUAGGCCUUCAUCACUCGACAUGUCGACAGUCCAGCAGAACUUGUUUGGACAUCAGUGAGUUCACUUCGCCCUACUUAAAUUUCUCAUGUGAGGUGAUCGUGUCCAGUCCCUGUAAAGUGACCUUCCCCAUCGUAAACAAAUCUAAUAAACUGUAAUUUUACUCCAACCAAUUAUUGAUUGGAUUUAAAAUUGAAAUUUAUAAUUUGAAAUCAGUCAAUACCGUCACCGUCAUCGGCAUCAAGUCUUCCGUGUUAAUAAAUAAAAAGUCGUAUUGUUUAAAAGGAAAUUCAAAUUCAAAUUCAAAUUGAUUAUUACUGACAAGUGUUAACCCAACGCAAUGCGUAUUGGUACGUGCCCUCAGUGAAUUUGUUGCUCGGUAACUUUCACUAUCGUUUCCGAUGAAUAAAAGUGUUCGGUGGUAAUUAAUAAACCAGAGAGAGAUAAUUAAAGUCGACGAUGCCGGCAUCUCCAGGUGGUAUUGUUAUUAUUAAUGCAACUAUACGUACAAGAAAAAGAAGCUGUUGCGGUGAAUCGAUAACACGCUGCUCUGAAACACCAGUUUAUAUUUUAUCUCGCCCUUUAUCUGACAGCCCAAGGCGAGACGUCUAAUAAAUAUACUGACCAGAAUAGUGAUAGUUUUUUUUUUCAAGUUUAAAAAUAGUCUUUUAAAAUAUAAAAUAAAUAUUUACUCGCGUGUGAGAUUGAAAACGGGAGGAUAAAAGAAGACUAUUAAUAGUUUAUAAUUUAUAAUUGAUAAUUAAUAAAUAAAAAUGUUGGCCUGCUGGGUACUGGUCGGUGUAUUUGGUACAAUAGUACUUUUAUAUGCACUUAUUGAAGUACAUUAUUUCUUGAGGAUGUUUCUAACUGUUCUACUUGCGAGGUUUUGUAAAAAACCAGUACACAUUUUAGACGAGACAACUAUUUAUGGACUCUGUACAACAACAGAUUUAGAUACAUUACUUUAUCACAUGAAUAAUUCACGUUAUUUACGAGAGUUAGAUUUCGCACGUGCUGACUUUUAUGAGAGGACGAGUUUAUAUCGUGAAAUUUGUUCACAAGGCAAAGGAGUCGUUCAAGGAGCGGCGACUAUUCGUUACAGAAGAUUUUUAAAGCCAUUAUCUAUAUUUAAAAUUAAAUCCAAGAUAAUAUACUGGGAUGAUAAAUCAAUAUUUAUGGAACACAAAUUUAUAACACCUCACGACGAUUUUGUUCGUGCAAUAGCAGUAUGUCGGCAACGAUUAUUAGACUGCAGUGCUGAGACUGUUAUGUCGACACUUUUAGAACGCGGAGUUAAGCAGAAUGGUAGCGUCGAAGUUGGUGUCACGCAGACACAUGUAAGACCCGAAAUGCCACCAGAGUUAGCCAAAUGGUUGGAGAGUAAUGAUAUCUCUUCAGCAAUACUAAGAGGAACUGAUACCAGUUCCGUUGUCACAACAACUUAAUUAAUUUAUUAAAAAAAAAACUUAGUUAUAUAAGUUGAUAAAUAAAAUAAAAUAAAUUUAUUGAUCGAUCUCUCUCGCGUAUGCGGCAAAGUUGUAAAACUUAAAAUCACUUACUUAAAUACAUUAAUAAUAUUUUAAUAAAUAAAUUGUAAGUUAUUUAAAAAAACAAAUAAGGCCAUUUGUGAAAGAGACUCUAUGAGUCUAAUGUAAUUUUACUUAAAUAAUCUGUACAUAUGUUGAUGUAUUAUAUCAAAGAAUAUACGUAUAAUGUAAUUAGAGGGUUGUAAUAUUUUGUUAUUAUUAUUGGUCAUUACUUGUUUGUGUAAAAGUAUGAUAGAGUAAUCAACUAGACAAAUAUAAUUUUAGUAAUUUGAAUAGAUAAUUAUUUUAUUACUGUCCGGAUAUAUUUAUGUAGUCAAU